AUGCUAUCAUAUGAUGAGGUUCUCGACAUGUUCGAUCGAAGAAACCUCGAAGCUUACAACAAAAUGGGCAAGGUCAAAGGCUUUGCCGAAGCUUUAGAGGUAGACCUCGAAACUGGUCUUACAGAUGAUGAAGCUAAGACUGGUUUUGAGAAGCGCAUAGAGAAAUACGGACGCAAUAUUCUCCCAGAUCCACCAACAGAAUCAUGGUGCCACAUGUAUAUCAUGUGCUUUACAGAUUUAAUGCUUAUUAUCCUUUUGGCUGCUGCCGUCGUGUCUUUAAUCCUUGAAUGCGUUUUCAGUUACAAAGACGAGGGUGCAUCCGUCCUUAUUGAACCACUUUCUAUUUUUGCCGCCGUUUUAAUUGUAUCCCUCGUUCAGACACAAGUUGAUUACUCCCAACAGCAAUCAUUCUUGGAAAUCAACAAAUUGAAGAACAGUUAUGAGGUCAACGUCAUCCGCGGAGGCCACGAAGUUCAGAUUCUAUCCACAGAAGUCAUGAUGGGUGAUAUCCUUUCACUCAAGUCAGGCAAUGCCAUUGCCGCUGACUGCCUCUAUAUCCGUGGCCAAGAUCUUAAGGUUAACAACUCCGCACAGACAGGUGAAUCCGACGCUAUUCCAGUCCAUGACGAUGCUCCAUUCGUCUAUGGUGGUACAGCUGUCGAAACAGGCUUUGGCCAUUGCCUUGUCGUCGCUAUCGGUCCACACACAAGAUCUGGUGACAUGAUGAUGAAGAUUCAGGAUCUUGAAGGUGAAAAGAAGGAUGAGCUCUCUCCACUCGAAGCCAAGCUUGAGAAGGUCGCUCUCAUUCUCACAUACAUCGGUGCUAUCGGUGCUGUCAUCACAUUCAUUGUUCUUCUUGUCUACUUCAUCUUAGAUCACAAGAAAUUGGAGACAGAUGAUGAUAAGAAGAAGCACUGGCCAGAUCUUAUCCACAAGUUCAUGGUUGCUGUCACAAUCUUCAUUUGCGCCGUUCCAGAAGGUCUUCCACUCGCUGUUACAAUCGCUCUCGGUUUCUCAAUGAAGCGUAUGAUGAACGAUCAGAACUUCGUCCGUCAUCUCAACGCUUGCGAGACAAUGGGUGGUGCAACAGCUAUUUGCUCAGAUAAGACAGGUACACUUACACAGAACAAGAUGACAGUUGUCAGAUUCUACCAGAUCGGCAGCCAGUUCCAGUCAGGCACAAAUCCAACAAUCGACAACAAGGACAUCCUCGAAUUGUUCACCAAGGCCGUCGCCAUCAACUCAACAGCCUUCAAGACGACAACAACAGAGAAGAAGAAGAUCGGAAAGAAGGUCGAAGAAAUUACAAAGACAGGAUUCGUCGGUUCAUCAUCAGAAUGCGCCCUCCUUCAGCUUCUCGAGCCAUGGGGCAAGGACUACGAACAGAUCAGAAAGGACGCCAACAUUCUCCACGUCCACGAAUUCUCAUCCGCCAGAAAGAAGAUGUCUACAAUUGUCAAGGAAGGCGAUUCAGUCCGCGCUUACAUGAAGGGUGGUCCAGAUUUCUGCCUUGGCCUUUGCACACACUACAUGUCCGCUCAAGGUGAACGUCUUGAGAUCACAGAACAAGUCAAGCAGUCAAUCCUCGAAACAGUCACUAUCUUCGCUAACGACUCACUCAGAACAAUGCUCAUCGCAUACAGAGACCUUGGAACAGAGUUCAAGGAGGAAUACAAGGACGCAACAACAGUCGAACACGAUCUUACAAUCAUCGGCAUUGUCGGUAUCCAGGAUCCACUCAGAGAAGAAGUCAAGGACGCCGUCGCCAACUGCAGAACAGCUGGUGUCGUUGUCAGAAUGGUUACGGGUGACUUCAUCGCCACAGCCAAAGCUAUUGCCAGAGAGUGCGGCAUCCUCGAUGAAUCUAAGGGCGAAAUCGCUAUGGAAGGCCAGGAAUUCGCCAAGCUCGACAAACUCGAAAUGCUCGAGAAGGUUCCACAUCUCCGUGUCAUGGCUCGUUCAUCUCCAAUGGAUAAGCUCAGACUUGUUUCAUUCCUCAUGGAAGCAGGUGAAGUCGUUGCUGUUACAGGUGAUGGUUCCAACGACUCUCCAGCUCUUAAACAAGCAGAUGUUGGUCUUUCCAUGGGUAGAUGCGGUACAGAACUCGCUAAGAUGGCUUCUGACAUUGUCAUUCUCGAUGAUAACUUCAACUCAAUUGUUUCUGCUUUGAAGUGGGGCCGCUGUGUAUAUGAUAACGUCAGAGGUUUCUUACAGUUCCAGCUCACAGUCAACUUCGCCGCUAUGAUUGUCGCCUUCAUCGGUGCCAUCGCUCUCCACCAGUCUCCACUCACAACACUCCAGCUCCUUUGGGUCAACCUCAUCAUGGACUCUUUCGGUGCCCUCGCUCUCGCUACACGUGGUCCAUCCAACUCCCUCCUCAAGAGAAAGCCAUACGGCCGUGGUGACCAGCUCCUUUCCAACAUCCUCAUCAGAAACAUUGUCGGCCACACAAUCUACCAGACAGCCGUCUUGCUCUUGAUCCUCUUCGGUUACAACGCUGUCUUCGGCCUCAAUGUCCCAGACAAGAAGUUCCUUGGCCACGACCUCUCAUUAAAAGAACAGGAUACAUACGAUAAGCAGUUGUCCGGCCUCAUCUUCAACACAUUCGUUUUCAUGCAAGUUUUCAACCUCCCGAACGCAAGAAUUACCGGCCAGGACACACCAUUCUUCGAAGGACUCUUCUCCAACAUCUUCUUCGUUGCAAUCUUCUUCGGCAUCAUCGUCGUUCAGAUCAUCAUCGUUGAAUUUGCUGGCAAAGUCUUCGAUCACGAAUUGUUAAAGACACCAAAGGAGUGGCUCCGCUGGAUCAUCGCCCUCGCAUUCGGCCUCGGAUCACUUGUCAUCGGCUUGAUCCUCAGACUCAUCAAGCUCCCAGAUAGAACAGAGGACAAGCUCAACGCCCUCAGAGCAGAACGCGCUCAGCUCAUCAGAGACACAUACACAGGAAUGCCAAAGGACGAACAGUUCAAGCGCCACAUCAACGCUAAGGGACGCGUUGUUAAAGAGGGUGAAGAGGAUAACUCUGACUCCUCUGCACCAGAAGAUUCUGGAUCUGGUGUUUCUAUCAGUGCUCCAGCAGAAGAUAGAGCUCGCGCUGAGUUAUAA